AUGGUUACUUCUAGCGUUCUUGGUUUCCCUCGCAUUGGUGAAUUCCGUGAGGUUAAAAAGGCCGUUGAGGCCUACUGGGCUGGGAAACUCUCGGCCGAAGAUCUCCAAAAGGCUGCUGCUGAUGUCCGUAAGGCCUCUUGGGAAUCGAUUAAGGGCCAGGGUGUUGCCCAUGUCCCAAGUGGUGAAUUCUCUCUCUAUGAUCACGUUCUUGACCACUCGGCCGCAUUCAACGUGAUCCCUCCUCGUUACCAGGGCCAGGGGCUUUCUGACCUCGAUGUCUUCUUUGCCAUGGGUCGUGGUCGCCAGGCAGAUGGCGUCGACGUCCCCGCUUCCGAGAUGAAGAAAUGGUUCGACUCGAAUUACCACUACGUCGUCCCUGAAUUUUCCGAGUCUACUGACAUCAAGCUCCUUUACAACAAGGCCCUCAAUGAAUAUAAGGAGGCCAAGGCUUCGGGUAUUGAUACUCGCCCCGUUGUGCUCGGUCCUCUGUCUUUCCUCCUUCUUGGAAAGAACGCCAAGGAAGCUUCGUCGUCAUUUGACCGUAUCUCUCUCCUUCCCAAGCUUCUCCCUGCCUACGAGAAAAUCCUCUCGGAGCUCAAGGGUGCAGGUGCCGAGUGGGUCCAGGUCGAUGAGCCUGUUCUCGUUCUCGAUCUCGCCGAGAAGUACGCCAACGAGUUUGCCACCGCAUACGAGACUCUUUCUAAGACUGGCGCCAAGAUCCUUCUCACUACUUACUUUGGUCGCCUCGAUUCUAACCUUAAGUUUGUUGCCAAGCUUCCAAUCGCUGGUCUUCACAUCGACCUCGACCGUGCACCUGCUCAGCUUGAUGAGGUCAUUGCGGCCAUCAAGGAUACCCCCAUCGUUCUUUCUCUUGGCCUUGUGUCUGGGCGCAACAUUUGGAAGAACGAUUUCGAGGCGUCCAUUAAGCUGGGCCAGAAGGCUGUCGACGCCCUUGACUCUGACCGUGUAAUUGUUGCUACCUCUUCUUCGUUGCUCCACACCCCGGUCACUCUGGCCAAUGAGAAGAAGCUUACCUCUGAACAGCGCGACUGGUUCUCUUUCGCUCUUGAGAAGGCGCACGAGGUUGCUACCAUUGCUGCCGCUCUCUCUGGCUCUCAGGACAGCGCUGUUUCUACCGCUCUCGAGGCCAACCGUGAGUCGAUCAAGAAGCGCCGUGAAUUCGAGAGCACCUCGGAUGAUGCUGUUCGCAAGCGCGUUGCUGCCAUCACUCCCGAUGAUCUCAAUCGCAAGAGUCCCUUCCCAGACCGCUGGGAGGCCCAGAAGAAACACCUUGCUCUCCCCAAGUUCCCGACUACUACUAUUGGUUCUUUCCCUCAGACCAAGGAGAUCCGCACUGCUCGUGCUAACCUCACCAAGGGUACCAUCACCCAAGAGCAGUAUGACGAGUUUAUCAAGAAGGAGAUCCAGGAGGUUGUCAAGAUCCAGGAAGAGCUCGGCCUUGACCUCUUGGUUCAUGGCGAACCCGAGCGUAAUGACAUGGUUCAGUACUUCGGUGAACAGCUCAACGGCUUCGUAUUCACACAGAACGGAUGGGUUCAAAGCUACGGAUCUCGUUACGUGCGUCCCCCUAUCAUUGUCUCCGACGUCAGCCGUCCCGGCCCUAUGACUGUCAAGUGGUCGAGUUAUGCCCAAAGCGUUACCAAGAAGCCGAUGAAGGGUAUGCUUACUGGCCCCGUUACAAUCCUCAACUGGUCGUUCCCUCGUGCCGAUGUCUCUCGCGAGCUCCAAUCCAAGCAGCUUGCCCUUGCUCUCCGCGACGAAGUUAUCGAUCUCGAGAAGGCCGGUAUCCAUGCCAUUCAGGUUGACGAGCCGGCUAUCCGUGAGGGUCUUCCUCUCCGCCGCAUCGACUGGGAUGCCUACCUUACCUGGGCUGUCGAUUCCUUCAAGCUUGCCACAGCCGGUGUCACCGAUGCCACCCAGACUCACUCUCACUUCUGCUACUCUGACUUUAACGAUAUCUUCCCGUCGAUCCAGCGUCUUGACGCUGAUGUUAUUUCCGUUGAGGCUUCCAAGAGUGACCUCAAGUUGCUCGGUGCCUUCAAGCAGUUUGGUUACUCGAACGAGAUCGGGCCCGGUGUCUACGAUAUCCACUCGCCUCGUGUGCCUAGCGAACAGGAGAUCAAGGAUCGUAUUGCCGAGUUCCUGACGCUCAUUAAGCCCGAGCUGCUGUUCGUGAAUCCCGAUUGCGGCCUGAAGACCCGCGGUUGGAAGGAGACCAAGGCUUCCCUCUCCAACCUCGUCGCCGCCGCUCGCUGGGCCCGUGAGCAGCACGCCUAA